CAUGGCUCGAAGGGGAGACAACGUCACUCCAUCAGGCACUGUGGCCUUCACUGCCAAGCUGAGAGUGGAGGACAGCUACCCGUGUCACGAUGGAGUCCUGAAGUUUGCCGAGGUGCUGAUCAACGAGGGAGGGGGCUACAGUCCCGACAUAGGGACCUUCGUGUGCCCUGAGGACGGCUUCUACCACUUCACCGUGCAUGUGUCUGUGUAUGGGCGUGGACAGUGUGCUAUAUACAAGAAUGGAGAGAAAGUAGUGUCUCUGUACCAAACCUCUCUGCCUGAUAAGUGCAGCCAGGUGGCCAGCAUGAGCAGCAUGAUCAAACUGUCUAGGUACGACAAGGUGUGGGUGCAUCUGUUCGGGCAGGGCACAAACGAUAUAUUUGCCACUGAAGAUAACGACACUGUGUUUACAGGUUUUCGUUUGGGUUAA